AGGGAAAGUCCCGUUUAUAAUUCUAGUCAAGCUGGUUUUGUGUGUGGGGUGUGCUGUUCUUCUAUAAUUAUAUUUGAAAGUGCUAAAGUUUUUGCUGAACUAGACACUGUGCGUGGGAAUGGCUGCUGCAACAGAUAGCAAGGGUAUGGGUGGUGAAGGUGGUCUCUAUGAUCAGCCUUUGGUGAUUCAAGGGAAGCGUCAGAGAAAGACAGUCGAGAGCUUCUCAAUCGAGCAUGAGGCCAAAGCAGUGGCCAAGUAUGAUGGUGGGAAAGGGACAAAGCUAGGCGACAUCCCUUACACUGAGCAAUACAUAACCCGGCACAGUGCUGUAGAUCUAAAGCCACUCCACAAGCUUUGUCUGGACAGACCCGGAAAUAAACUUGAGAUAAAGAAAAAUCUUCGCGAGUUUAGUGGAUUCACAUUUCAUAAGGAGAGUGAUCAGUACAAAAAGAAGAAGGCGUCACUUGGAAAAUUACAGAAAAAUGGUUUGGGUGAAUUUUUGGACAUACUGGGGCUUCAUCGCACGGGUUCCAAGGAGGAGCUGAUUGAAAGGAUACUGGACUUUCUACUCGAGCCAACGGACACUGGAAAGGCCCCUACAGCUAAAAAACGCAAGAAGUCCUCAUCUGGUUCGCGGAAACCUUCCAAAACCUCUAGUGGGAGCAAAAAGGCAAAGCGCACAGAGAGUAGUGAUGAUGAAGAUGGCAAUGUGUCCUUUGAUGAGAAUGAGGACGAUGAUCCGAAUGAAAACGAUGAAGACGAUGAAAUCACUGCUCCCACUGAUGAUGAGCUGAAGCAGGCAGUGACAGGUUUACUGAAAGGAGCAGACCUGUCGUCAGUCACAAACAACUCCGUUUGCAAGCAAGUUUUCGAAAAGUUCCCUGGGGUUGAUCUGACCACCAAGAAGGAUUUCAUCAAGUCUUGCAUUCAAAAAAGUGUCGCUUCUUCCUCUUAAACUCUUUCCUCUUUAUGCUUAUCUUGGCAGUUACAUAUAAUUACAUGUAUUACAAUUAUAGAGAGGCCAGUACAUACAGAUAUUUUUCAUGUAUAUAUACUAUCAUAUACCCGUAUAUAUACUAUUGUUACCUUUUUGGACACCGGUAAUUAUUUUGAAUGUUAUUUUCACUUGGA